GUCCGCGUUUGGCUAUCCAGCUCAGCACCACCAGCCCCACUGGCCAGGCCCCCCCAGCCCUGAACAUCUCCCUGCGAUCGCCGAGGACCAUUCGGGAAAGCAGGAGACUGAGGUGGAUGAUGUUUUCAGUGGCUCGGCUAGUGCUGGGCCUGUUGGUCCUGAAGGCUGCCUCAGCGUCUCCGGCCAGCAGGCGUACCCGACAGGUGGAGCUGGACACGUACGACAGCAACAACUACGAUGUGGAUAUAGACAACAACACCCCCGACAACUACGACUACUACGACGGAGUCACCAUCGACGAGCCACAGAUUGAGAUCGGAACCCUGGCCCCACCGGAGGAGGCGGAGGAAGGAGAGGAGGGAGAGGAAGGACAGGAGUACGAGGAGGGCGAAGCAGGACAGGAGUACGAAGAGGGAGAAGGAGAGGAGGGAGCGGAGGGGACGGAAGCACCCGAGGAGGGAGAAGGAGGACAAGAGGAGGGCGAAGGAGGACAGGAGUACGAGGAGGGACAGGAGUACGAAGAGGGAGCACAGGAGUACGAAGAGGGAGCCGAUGUGGAGGAGGUGGAGCAGGUGGAGUCGGAGGCGGAGUCAGGGGCGGAGUCUGAGCUGCCCAUCGUGCCUAAGCUCCUCCCCCCUGGGGGCUCUGGAGGUUCCGGAAGUUCCGGAGGGUCGGGGGUUCUAAUGGGCCCUGACAGCCAGCAGAAAGAGGAGGAGCUUCGUCUGACGCCGGUCGACAUUCUCCAGAUCUCGGGCGACUUUUCGACCGGCUCGGGCUCCGGGGACCUCGGGGGCUCGGGUGGCUCCGGAGAUUCCGGUUCCGGAACCAUCACGGUGGAGUUUGCCUCGGGCGGCUCCGGUUCCGGAGACCUGUUCCCGGACUUGGCCCUGGGCUCGGGUUCGGGGGUGGAGGUGGAGGCGUCCGGCGGAGAGAUCGAGUUCUCCGGCCUGGCCUCGGGAGAGGAGGCGUCGGGAAUGUCGGGCUCCGGGUCCGGGGCCGAGUCCGGGUUCGGGUCGGGAGAGGAGGCGUCCGGAAUCUCCGGGGACGGCUCGGGCUCCGGCGUGGGUUCCGGAGCCUCCGGGGACCUCGGUUCCGGCGUGUCGGGUUCAGGGUCAGGCGUAGUUUUGGUGCCUGAUGGAGAGGAGGAGAUGCCCCUGGUCCCAGACCUCCCUGAGGAGGCGUCUGGUUCUUCUGCUGAGGAGUCGGGAGAUUCUGGGGAGGAGGAGGUUAUUGUAGAGGUCCCAGAUAUAGAUGAAGAGGAAGAGUUAAUCACUACUGCCCCCACCACCGAGGAGGGAGCGGGUGGCACGUUCGGAUCGGGAGAGUCUGGCGCCCCUGACGGUAUGCCCACCUGUCUGCUCUGCACCUGCCUUGGCAGCUCUGUCUACUGUGACGACCUGAAGCUGACCAGCGUGCCGCCACUGCCCAAGGAGACCACGCACUUCUACGCCCGCUACAACAAGAUCACCAAGAUCAACAAGUCCGACUUCGCCAACAUGAACUUCCUGAAGAGGAUCGACGUGACGAGUAACGAGAUCUCCAAGGUGGACGACGACGCGCUGUUCGGGCUGCCCGCCCUGGAGGAGGUGGUGCUGAGAGAGAACAUGCUGGUGCACCUGCCCGCCCUGCCCGCCUCCAUGACCCUCAUCGACGCCAGCCACAACCGCCUGGGCAGCAAGGGCAUCCAGAACGAAGCUUUCAAGGAUAUGGCUGGCCUGCUGUACCUCUACCUGACGGACAACAGCAUUGACUAUGUGCCUGUACCUCUGCCAGACUCUCUGCGCUCAUUGCACCUACAGAACAACAACGUCCAGAUGCUUCACGACGACACGUUCUGCAACUCUAAAGACUUACACUACAUCCGGUACGCCCUGGAGGACGUGCGCCUGGACGGCAACCCCAUCAACCUCAGCAGAACCCCACACGCCUACGUCUGCCUGCCCCGCAUACCCAUCGGUGCUCUUAUUUAACUACACACACACCAAUA